CCUCAUACCGUUGUACCAAAGCCACACACACAAAAUCCUCGUUUCCAUCUCUCUUUUUUUACCCAUUCCACAUUAUGCUCUCAGUCCGUUUACCGCAAAACUCAUCAGGCCACCCGUCUAACCCGAGGGCGAAGAAAUUACAUGUGAGGUGUUUUUCCCCCUCUGCCUCACCCUCUCUCUUCGUCUUUUUUUCCUUGCUACGUGUUUCUUACCUCGAAGGCAGAAGAGCAGAUCGAGCGAUGAUAGCUGGUCUUAACUGGGGAAGGAUCUAAUUUGUCAGUCGCUCGAUUACCGGCGGCGAAUGCGUGUCGGCAAACCUUGGCAUACGUUGUUACCACACAGGAGAUGGCCACGCUAAUGAAGUGACCGUUAUUAGUUUUACGCAACGUAAAUGUGUCUACUGCCUUAGAUAUUGUCAUCACAUAUUGGAGGAACAAAACUGGAUUAGACGUGUGUAUAUUUAGUGCCAAUAUUGCAGAAACAUAACUAGUCAACUAUUUCGGUUUCUUUCUUUAAUCAGAUGAGCGUUUUGGACAUCUGUAAAAGUUGGAACUUAUCGAUUUGCAUAUGCUGAUACUGGAUUAUUGAUUAUCGAGUGAUAUUGAUUGGAGGAAACGUCCCUACAAUCCAUACAGAUUCUGACGAGCGGCCCCAUCAAGGAAUCUGGAGUGGCUAGCCCCCACAAGUACGGAACUUCUACGAUUGACUGCAGAUAGGAGAGGAUCCUAUAAGACGUUAUCAUCAUGGUAUGGAGCGGGAGUCUCAAGCCUUAAUCGUCUUCAAAGAGUUGUUACUGAAGUCUAGAGCCGGAUUGGGUUGCUUGUUGUCCUGCUUAAAGGGGUGUUUACGCUGAAAUGUAUGGUUUUAUAAAUCUCUGCGUGAGGGCUCUCGUUUUGGACAAAUUCGACGACAAAACCUGGGAGAAAAUCAGAGCAAAGGCCGGAGUUGAGGAUAGCUUCAUCACACAUGGAUGCUAUGAUGACACCAUUACGAUGCAACUGGUGCAGGCUGCCAGUGACAUAUCCGGCCUUCAGGUACCCGUCAUCCUGGAGCUGUUCGGAGAGUUCUUCUUCAGCUUCUGCCAGUCCUCCGGCUACGACGAGAUGCUGCGAGCCCUCGGCGGCAAUCUCAAGAGCUUUCUUGAGAACCUGGACUCGCUGCACUCUUACCUUAGCUUCUCGUACGAGCAGAUGGAGGCGCCGUCAUUCAGGUGCGAGAGACGGCAUGACAACGCGCUCAUAUUGCACUACUACUCCCAUCGGAAAGGCUUGCAUCCCAUUGUCGUCGGUAUUGUUCGAGCUGUCGCGAAGGAGUUCUUCGAGAGUGAACUGAAAAUGGAAAUAUUGGAGGAGAGCCACGAGGAGGAACGCAACGGCAAGAAGGAGCACGUCACCUUCGCCAUCUACCAGAAGAGGAUCCGAAAGAUCGACGAGGGCCCACCUACGUUCGUUGCGCAGACACGGAAGCACAGCGAGCAGCAGCUCAACAAGGAGAACAGUGGGUCGCCGAUCGCCCCCGACUCUUUACGGGGCAGUGGUAGUGGCGAGUGGCUACCGUACACCUGGGACGACACGGAGGUUCAAGCCGUCCUGCGAAGCAUCGAAGAGCAGAAGGAAUCCGGCACCAAGCCUCUCAACCACCUCCACCGCUCCCAGAAGAUCCAAUCACUCGUGUCCCUCGGUAACCUCUACGGGAAUUUCCACCCGUCCUUCCCGGAGAAGCUCUGGAUGACCCAAGACGUAUUCUGCGAGUAUUUCCCGUACCACCUUGUAUUUAACAGUGAACUGAAUGUCCUCCAAGCUGGGGUCCAUAUACAGAGGAUCAUGCCGAGGCUGAGGAGCUUAGAGAGCCAUCCUGUGGAUAGCUUCUUCGAUCUUAUCCAUCCGCAGAUUGAUUGGACUAUUAAGAGCAUCCAAAAGUUUGAGAACAUGCAGUUUGUACUGCAGACCAGAAGGGCAAUGAUAACGGACGGCUGGGGAUCAGACCAACCUAUGUUGCAGCUCAGAGGUCAAAUGGUAUGGAUGGACUCCUUGGACGCCAUGGUCUACAUCUGCUCCCCUCGCGUAGCCAGCCUGAAGGAGCUCGAAGCCAGAAACCUCCACCUCUCAGACAUUCCAUUCCAUGACGUCACGCGUGACCUCAUCCUCUUCAACCACCAGCGAUUGGCUGAGAUUGAGCUGGGGAAGCAGCUUGAGCAGAAGAAGGAGGAGCUACGGUCCGCUCUGCAGGAUCUUGAGACGGAGAAGAAGAAGACGGACAUGCUGCUUCACUCGAUGCUCCCGAGACUCGUGGCUGAUCAACUGCGAGAAGGGAAGAAGGUCGAGGCUGGCGAGUACGAGAUGGUGACGAUCCUUUUCAGCGAUAUAGUCUCCUUCACCAACAUCUGUGCCAAAUGUAGACCCAUCGACAUAGUCAACAUGCUGAAUGCACUGUACAUACGAUUUGAUAAAUUGACGACUGUUCACGACGUCUAUAAGGUGGAAACGAUAGGCGAUGCUUACAUGGUCGUUGGAGGUCUCCCUAUUCCUAUUAAAUCACACGCUGAUCGUGUUGCCAACAUGGCGCUGGGUAUGAUGGUGGCUUCUAGCGAAGUCAUCUCGCCUGUCUCGCGGGAACCACUCGGGAUAAGGAUUGGGAUCCAUUCUGGACCGGCCGUAGCGGGCGUAGUAGGCGAGAAAAUGCCGCGGUACUGUCUCUUCGGGGACACCGUCAACACAGCGUCAAGAAUGGAGAGUCACGGAGUACCGUAUAAGAUCCACAUCAGCUCUACAACUUACCAAUGUCUAAAAGAGCAAGAAUUUCGAUUCGAGGACCGAGGAGAGAUUGUCAUCAAGGGCAAGGGUAUGAUGAGGACACAUUUUCUGGAGGGGAAUAACAGCGCCACCAUGGAGGAGAUCAUGGGAACGUACGUUGAGAAAGAGGUUGAGGAUGAUUCGAGUCGAAGCUCGACCCCCGAGAAAACUGACAAGACCAAGACGCCACCGGACACACCGCCUGGGAGAUACAAUACUCGACCAAUUGGUAAAUUUAACUUUGGUGAUGACUUGAAUGUAAUACCGAUGUACUACCCUGACAACGACAAGAAUCGUACACCGUACAGGGACGCCAAACCACCGUCAGCUGCAAAGAGCUCUACAAGGGCCUCCGCGUCUAGUUCUACUGAACGAGCCAGCGAGGAGCGGUCAAAGUGUCCAGUCUUCAGGGAACUGGCAGAGGCUGAAUCUAAGAGAUCUGAAGAAAUUGAGGGCGCCAGACCGUCACGAAGCGCAGGCGCAACUGCGAGCCCAAGACGCAUGCGUAAUAGGAUCUCAAACCACCGGGAAUCCAAGACGUGUAUAUUGCUCUAAAAAAAAUGUUUUGAUAUUUUGUAAUUUUUACUGUGAAUACAACACGUUAUGUGUAUAUUUUGCCAAAUAAUAAUACCCGUUUUGGGAUGAAUAUUUAUUGCGUAAAAAGAAAGCAAGUGUGCCUAUUUUGAGGGUAGACCGAUCGUUGCCAAUGUUGAAAAGCACAAUCUUCAUUUAGCUGUACAGUUUGAGAUACGUGUAUAUUGAAUGUAAACGGCAAUAAAUAAGCUAUCGUUUAAUUUUGAUAGUAAAAUGUAAAUAAUAAUUAUGAUAUCAUAGAUAAAGUUGAAAAUGGUUUUACGGUUUACGUACAAGAUUAAAGUCAGUGGACACUAUUGGUGUAAAAUCCUUAUUAGCAUAAAACCUUACUCGGUAACGAGUAAUGAA